AUGGAUGGGGGCGAUAGGGUAAUUUCCUACACUGCUCGACGAAUUUCGACAUGGUACCUUCCGGACCCUGACGACAACUAUUGUCGCUUAACGGGCGGAAAGAGCUUUGAGGACUUUGAGAAGCUCCCCGAGGACGAACGCCGUAAUGUAUUCCGCGAGUAUUUGGUUGAGAAGACGCCUAUUGUCAUACAGCAGCCAAUUGCCUGGACCAGCCAAGAGAGUAUUGACUCGUUCUUGCUCUUGAAGAAUGAGGUUAGAGAUAAUGAGUCUGGAAAGCGCUUGCUCCAAGAGGCUCGGCAAGUGUUCUACGAAGAAAAUUCCUUCAUAGUCUUCUGGAGCGACUUGGAUCGUUUUUUAGACGAUCUACUUGGACGGUGGACCGACGCCGUUCCAGUCAAGUCGCUGGUGCGGAGAAUCACAGUCAGGGUCGAAAGGCACGAGUGUGGAUGUGGAAACCUGGCGGAAUAUCUGCAACACGCCCGCUACUUUGCCAAGUCUCCUAAUUUGGAAAGCAUCUCAUUCGAGUGGUGGGAUUCUUGGAGACAUUGGAAAGCGAACGACGUUGAGGAGGAAUCGGUUGGCGAUGACACAGAUAACGACGACGCUUCUGGAGACGAGUCGGACGGAACCCUGAAGGAGUCGUCCUCAAUUGGCAGUGUCUGGGAGUUUUGA